CCUCUUCCUCCUCGGGCUCAGUCGGCUCUCACCGUGAACACAGUGACUCGGGGAAGGAAUCUAACUUUAACUCUGCAAAAUGAAACUUUCGUGGUCGCUUCUGUUCCCGGGACUUUUAGUCUGCGCACUUUUCCUCCUGACAAACUGUGAGGAGCAGCGGAUUCCCGAAGGGAAACUUCUAGUCAUGACGGUUGCAACCAAGGAGACCGAUGGCUUCAGGCGUUUUAUGGGGUCAGCCAAACACUUUAACUACACUGUCAAGGUCCUAGGUCGGGGUCAGAAAUGGAAAGGAGGCGACUACAUGUCAGCCCCGGGAGGAGGUCAGAAAGUACGACUCCUUAAAGUGGCUCUGGAGGAGUUUAAGGACGAGGACCAAAUCAUCCUCUUUAUUGACAGCUACGAUGUGGUUUUCGCCUCGGGUCCCAAAGAGCUACUCAAGAAGUUCCAGCAGGCCAGACACAAGGUGGUGUUCUCCUCUGAAAGCCUGAUCUGGCCUGACAGACACCUGGAGGACAAGCACCCUCACGUCAGGGAGGGCAACAGAUUCCUGGGCUCAGGGGGUCUGAUGGGCUACCUCCCCAACAUCAAGGCGAUGGUUGCUGAUUGGACUGGAGAAGAUGGUGACAGCGAUCAGCUGUUCUUCACCAAGAUUUACAUUGAUCCAGUAAAACGAAAAUCCAUAAAUAUCACACUGGACAGCAAAUGCAGAUUGUUCCAGAACCUCCACGGAGCCCUCGGUGAGUUCCUUCAGCCUCUGAGUCCAGCCAGUGAAGUUGAUGAAGCAGAGACACACUCAGUAAGAAAUAAUAGGUUCAUAAGGCUCAGAAGCUCUGGGAGUUUACACAUUGUUCAGAAUAAGUUUCUGAUGUUUGGACCGAGAGGACAGCCAGCUCGGUGUCGAUUCAUUCUCUCCUUUAAAUGUCACAGUAACUGCUAUAAUCACUGCAGUGGUCCUUUGUGGCUCUGUUUUUAG